UGAGGCUAAGAUUUCCAGUUACUGUUGUUGUUGCUGUUAUCCAAACAGAUCACUCCUUGCAAGGCAAACCAAGGGAAGUUUUGUAAAAUGUCUGGAAUUAGUGCUGAAGCCCAAUCUGUGUUGGAUUUCUGGUUUGAACCUGGCAAGGAGUUGAAAGAUAAUUUUGCUCUGUGGUUUGGAGGGAAAUCCCAAGAUGAGAUUAUAAAGAGCAAGUUUAGUGAUCUGAUAGAAAAGGCGCGUACUGGACAGUUGAAAUCUUGGGAAGAAGAUCCAAAAAGUGCUUUGGCUCAUAUCAUUCUCAUCGACCAGUUUUGCCGAAAUGUUCACCGGGGAACCCCAAAGUCCUUUGACUGCGACCAUGUUUCUCUGGGCAUUGCAAAGAAGCUAGUUGAAAAUGGCCGAUACAAGGAGCUAAACCCAAUGGAAAGGUUCUUCUCGAAUCUUCCUUUUGAACACAGUGAAAACAUGGAUGACCAGGAUACUGCACUCAAACUUUACAAGGAGCUAGCUGCAGAUACCAAAGGAACCAAGUAUGAGGGUUUGGGUACAAGUGGGGUUUCAUAUUCGCAGAAGCACCGGGAGGUGGUCGAGAAGUUUGGCCGUUUUCCGAAGAGAAAUGCUGUCCUUGGAAGAACCAACACACCUGAAGAGGAGGAAAUUUUGAAGAAUUAUCCUUACAAUUUCUAGAGAUUGAGCUGCUGGCAGAUGACAAUUUUGAAUGGAAAACACGCUUUAUGCAUAUCUAAUACACACAUGAACACCAUAUACACACUGUUUCCUUAAGCAUAAUGACACUGCACAAAUAUCCAGACGCACUUGCUGUUUUUAACUACAGAUGCUGGACACAAUUUUUAUUCCAUCCAACAAGGCAGCACUUAUCAGAGGGUUAGAGUAGAUACGUAGCAUGCAUUGAUAGUUGAACUUGCUCAACGUUUUACUGUAACGGGAGAAAAUCUACCCUCAAAAAUUAACACUGUAUUUUAGCAUGAUUUUAUAUUUUACCAAAAUGGAAUCCUAUGUUUUUAAUCAAUUUUAUUAAUUUUAUGCAUGGCUAAAAAUGGAAA